CACCUUGGUCAGGAAAGGGAAAAAUAUCGUAAGCUCAGAGCUCGAAUAGAUAUUGAAUACAGUUUUUCAUGAUUCUCUAACAUUCUUCUGUCAAUUGUUGCAGUGUAAAGACGUUAGUUCAACUAGCUUAUUAAACAAUGUAGAUUGUGGUACCUGGUGAAUAAAGUAAAUUUCCAUGACUGCUUAUUUAAGUUGUGAAUUGAGUGCUCGGAUAAAUUCUGAUUCAAAUUUCUUUUCAAAUCUCAGUUUAGUUUAAAAACGCUGUGUGGUGGUCAUACCUUGAAUUACAUGGUUUAUAUUUUUAAAAGUGUCUAGUGUUUUGUGGUAUGAUUUACGAUACAUUACAAAGAUUCGCCGCUGUGUGUGUUAAUUAAUUAAUGUACGUUUAGUACUAUUGGAACGGACUUGUAGUAAUACAAUAGUUAAUAGCAUUCAGGACAUAUUCAUUCCAUAUACAGUCUAUUGAGACAGAAUUCAUUACCACGCAGCCGGAAAGUCAAUCCUGGGAUGGUCGAUUCUAGGCUUGAACCCAUGAUGGGCAUACUUUUGAGUCGUUCGAUUUGACGACUGUACCACGGGACCACCCGACGAAGUAUUUGAACAGCGUAAUGUAAUUGUGUCAAAACAGGUUUUUGCAUGAAAUGCUAUAAACAUCAUCUUCACGUUACGUUCAUCGUUACGGACUACUAAAUUAAACCAUUUCACAGCAUUCACUGCAGUGUUUGCCCAAUACUGAAAAUUGUUACUUUGCAGAAUCUUACAAGUUGAAAUGCGCAAAAUAAUGUUUUUCUAUACGAGGAUGAUACAGUUAGCGUGGUCGAUUUUUGUGAUGGAACUAACGACCAUAGAGGGCCAUACUGAAAGUAUUCAACGAAAGUUGUAUGAACCACCAUUGCGACGAGGUCUACGAAGUGUAUUAAUACAUGCACAUGUGGGUGAUACAGCAACUAAUUCAUUCCCUAGUGCCGAAAUGGACAGUUAUCAAGGAUUGGUCGGCAGACCAGGUAUUGAUUUUCCGGUUCUUACUCAUAUUCCCAAUACCGUUUUUGACUGCAAAAACCAUGGCAAUGGUUAUUUUGCCGAUUUGGAAACACGUUGUCAGGUGUUCCAUAUCUGUGAUGACGGAAAGAAGAUCUCGUUUCUUUGUCCAAACGGCACGAUCUUUCGACAGCUUGAUCUUAUUUGUGAUUGGUGGUUUAAAGUAGACUGUGCUUCUACACCAAAUCAUUUUGCUGAAAGCACCGAAAUGCUGACCCAAGCAAAGAGAGCUCGUUUACAAAGCAAACAUCCUGUACCCCAACCAAUCAAUCACAGUGACGAAAGCCUUACGGUCAGCAUUCAAAAUAAACGAUUGCUGCUUGGAAAUACUGCGAAUUUGGGGCAACAAUCUUUUUUAUCUAAAAAUAAUGUCCCUAAAGUGCUCGAAUUUAACAGACGCAACAAUAGAAGCAAUUCUGCAGAUACUGCCGUGAGCGAUGGACUUAAAAAUCAAAGAAAUGUUAACACUAAUGAUAAUAUUGAUAGGUUAUCUAAUUCUGCAGACGAAAUACAAGAUACGGCACAAAGCGCGUCGUUUGCAUCUAUAACUAAGAAAAUGUUUAACACGUAUUACGCACAAGACCAGCUAUUCAAAGAUCAAACCACCUCAAAUAAAACAAAACGAGAUGAGACCAUCGAUGAAGGUUCUCAUCGUGAUUACCUUUCAACAUUGCAACCGUUUAAAGAUUCUCGUGUAGCAAACAACAACAAUAGUAACAGAAAUGCAAUGCACUACAUGGCUUACACAACUGCACGAAAACUGAAUUUGAACAGCAAAGUUACGCAAUUCUAUACGCCAACAGUACCCACAUUCACCACCAGCACGAAAACGGUAAUGGUGGGGACAGUUACAGAGGAUCCCAUGGUCACGACAAAGGCCACAACUAUCCAUCGUUUCAACAACGGUGGUGUUAGUGGAUCCGAAGAAUCGCAAAGCUUUGAUACCCAAUUCGCCCAUUCGCUUCGGAGAGAGGGGAUAGCUGACGAAGAGUCCAUUAUGGAUCAUGCAAUCGAGAUUAUGCAAACUAUUAAAAAUCUUAACAUCGAUGAAUCUGAAAAUCAUAGAAGUAUAAUGAAAAAAACGAUAGAUGAUGUGAAGGCUCAUACGUCCACCGUAGCUGAUGGUACAUUCGCUCGAAUUGAUCCGCGUGUAAAGAAUUCAUUGGGGUUUUUACUGCAUCCACCAGGAAUUCAUCAAAAUGUGAAUGGUUUCAAAAGAAUGCGGAUUGUCUCUGAGCGUAACUCUAAUGUCGAUGUUGGACAUCGUUCGCUCCUAACACAGACCACGUUAAAUGAAUACGAUCGUCUCUUCCAAUCAAACCAAAACGAAAAUAAUGGAAACCAUAUAGAUGAUGUUCAUGAUCACGAUGUCUCAGAAGCAGAGUUUUAUAUGGAUUCUCAAAUGGAACACGACCUCGAAGGUCAAUCUUCAAGGUAUCCCAUUUUUGGAAUGUCAAAUUCAACGCAAAUUCGAGAACUUGCGCAAAUAUUUACCCAUGCUCUUUCGGCCUAUUUACAAGAUCCCGUCACAUUUAGACGCAUACUUACUGAAAUUCGACCCAAAGCUCCAAUAAUGCAGCCAACCAAUCCAAAAUCGAUUGUGAUGAACAAAUCAGAAAUUGGUGGAAUGGGAAGAAAUUUUCCCAUUUCCAUUGAAACUACAACCCCUUCGAUUACAAAUCCCAUUGAGUACGAACGUUUAAAGGGUCCUGAAAAUUAUGAAGUUUUGGAUUUCUCUGACGUGACUACAACUACGUCCAAUUCAAAUUCAGCCACGGAUUUCGAAACAACACUUAUAGAUACAUCAACGAUGCCAACAACAACUAUAGACAGUAACGCCGAUUCAAAAAAAAAAAAAGCUAAAUCAGACGAAAUGUUAAGAAAGCAGGGUAAAAGUUUAUCAAUCAAGUUUAUAACCAAUAGUCGCAAUGAACUUGCUGAUGAAGUUAAUAAUGAACUAAGAGCACCGGCUUCAACUAGUUAUAUUGCUUCGACAAAUCUAGCAAGUUUAAAUGAUAAAAAAAAUAACACCUUAGUCAUGGAUUCAUACAUCACGAGUCAAAUGAACACAAGUGUACCGCCAAAUUAUAGGGCACUUCCAACAGCCCCAAUCAACAUUGUAACAGAGACAAUUUCAGUUCCGCAGACUGUUCUAAAGCCUCCAGUUAUAUCAAAUAUCCGAUAUCCCAUGGAACAGAGAUCUAAAACAAAAGAGCUACUAGAAGAUGAUGAGCAGCUGCAACGCGCUCAAAGUGAAUUUAUUCUGGCUAACCAAAACAAUGGCCCAAUAUACGAACGGAACAAGUACAGCGUGAUAAGCUUACACAAUUUGAAGGAAAACUCUGUAUCUGUUGAAACUUUUAACGUAUCUAACAAAACAUCGAACAAAACAAACAUUACUGUUCAACAUAAUGUCUCACAACAACAGACUCAAGGAGGUAUCCCAUCCUCACGCACUACAAUGUCCUACACAGUAUUUUUUGACCCUUUAACAAUUAACGAUGAGCUUAUGGAACUCGAAAAACCAACACCAACGGUAGCACAUGUUCCAGGAAUUUAUAACAACAGACAGUAUGAGAGUAACAAAAUUCACCUUAAUACAGAUACAGCCAUAUCUGAUGCACCAAAGAAAAAUAUAUCAGACCAAUUUAUGAGUGAAAAUCAGCGCGAUGAUCCUAUAAUGCAAAAAAAGGCUAUAGAAAUGUUUGGCGACCUGAACGAUGUGCAAGCGGAAAAAAUUAUGUCCGCAAUUAAAAUGGCCGAUAAAGAUAAAUCGAUGCGAAGAUUGAUUUUGCUUUUGAUACGUACCUGCGAUGACGAUCCAACAAGUACGGGUGAAGAAUCACGAAAAGCUCUUUUAGAAGCUUUAAUAAAACUCGGUGGUGUCGUGGGUCCACAACAUACUGAUGAAUUACAAAUUUUAUCUGCCAAACAAAAACACGAUACCACCAAUCGCCGUGCUAAAGAAAUUGGAUAUGGUCAAACUACUAACUUUUUGUACGAUGAAUUAACUGAUCUGACAGAAUCUCAAAAUAUUACAGCAACCACGGAAAACUAUGCAAAUAUUUCUUCAAACUAUGAGAAUAAUGGUGGAGAUUCCGGAAGUCAAGACGAAGGUAGUGAGGAAUGGUCUAAAGGGAGCGGAACUACGGAUGCAACAACAAAAAUCUAUAACUCACCAGGCGAAAGCAACCUACCAAAAAUUGCCACUAGCAAAUGGGUAUAUGGCUAUGACGAAACGAAUCCUCCCCAGUAUACAACAACACCACUACCGUCAACAGUGUUCCAAACUACAGUCGAUAGUACUUCAACCGUUUUUACAAUGAUUACGGAGCCUACAGUUAUAACAACUAUGGCGGGAAGUGCAACAUCAGAAACAUCUGAUUAUGGCAGCUCUUCAACCAUCCAGACUACACCAGUCGACUUCUUUGAUACUGAAUAUAGAUCACGAGAAUCUUUAGAAUCUGAUUCAUCUUCAGAAAUGAAACCAACAUUCACCGUAUCCAAGCGUUUACCAAAGGAUCUAUCGAACUCAUUGGCUAAUCCACUGUCUGAUAACCAUAAACAAUUAUCUCCUCAUAACUCCGACACACGUGCACUUGAACUAUUGAAAUCGCUUUACUCUUUGGCGGCACGAUGGGGAUAAUUUGAGGACCUAUUUUGCGCAUAUGUAUUGUAUUUCUUUAUGUUUAGUAUGGGUCGAUAUACGGCUCAAGUAUUUAUUUUAACAUGAGUUAAUCGUAAAUGACACAGUAGUAACAGAUAAUCUUUGAUAUCAUUCAUACAUAAAUACAAAUAGUCAAUCUAUGGAAUAUGUUAAAAUUAGCCAUGGAAAAAUCGUAUUUACAUGAAUUGUAAUAGGCCGUACUAGGGUUUACGAUCAAUGUUCGUUUAUGAAUAAUGAAUAAUAAAUAAUCGAGCCAUAUUUAUCAUAUAUCUGAAGAAAGGAAUUGUUAUACUAUUAUAAAAGCUAUAGCUUGCAAAGCACUGCUUAAACUAGUAGAAUGAGGAAUAUUUUAUCCUUACAGCCAAGCAGUAGAUCAUGUGGAGAUGCACUUAUGGGUGAAGAUAGCUUAUGUCAUAAAUUAUUUAAACCACGUAAAUAUACAUUUUAUAAUGCCCAUUUUAACGAAACAUAAUUGUAAAAAUUGUAUUAAUAUGUGCUUCAAUUAAAAAUUUGUUGUUCGUACAA